AUGUCGGCCCAAGUAGCAAACCAGCGGAAGCAGCAAGAUCUGCAAACACAGUAUGGCAUCUACAAGAACACCUUGCAGCAGAUUGCUCAGAAGAUCGGCGACGUCGAACAAGAAGCCGAAGAACACAAGCUCGUGCUGGAGACGUUGCAGCCGCUGUCGGACGAUCGCAAGUGUUUCCGCCUGAUUAACGGGGUACUGAUGGAGCAGACGGUCAAGGACGUCAUGCCUGCCCUAACGACAAACUCGGAAGGUCUGAAGAAGGUCCUUGAGGAUCUCGUCAAGCAGUACAAGGCCAAGCAGGAAGAGUUGGAGAAAUGGAAGGUCAGUGACAUGGGCUAG